AUGAUUACAGAAUUAUUGAUCAUAACUAAGGUAUCUUCCAGCCAAGACAACACGAUAGAAGAAAAGGAGCAAUCCAGGAGGACCACCAGGGAAGGCAACUAUAAGAUUAGGAGUAUGAAAGAGUCGAUUAAGCCAUAUAAAGCCAUCGAUGCGGAAGAUUACUAA